AUGGCAGCCCCCAGCAUCACACUAUACGACGUUCCCUCUGCCAUGCCAGAGCCAUGGGCCCCAAAUAUCUGGCGUGUACGGUUCAUCCUAAACUAUAAACGUCUCCCCUACCGCACCGUCUGGAUCGACUUCAACGAUGUCGAACACACCCUGCGCUCCAUCAACGCUCCACCGACCGCAGUCUCCCGCGAAGGUCGCCCAAUCUACUCUCUUCCCGCGAUUGUCGACCCCCUACGCGGCACAGGACACCGCCCCGUCGUCCUAACAAACGUCAACACCAUAGCCGAAUACCUCGAAGUCACCUACCCCGCCCGACCCGUCUUCCCCGACGGCGCCCGAGCCCUCCAAAUAAUCUUCGUACACUACCUCAACGACGUCCUCCUCAAACCCCUCCUCCCCAUCAUGGUCCCACUCAGUCACUCCCGACUCCCGGAACGCUCUCAGGCGCACUUUCGGGCGGGGUCGUCGCAUGGGGGAGGCUCCGCUUUGGGCGAGGCGGGCCCGGCGAGGGAGCAGGCUUGGAGCGCGGUGAAGGAGAAGUUUGACUUUUUGGCCCUUGUGUUGGAUAAGAAUGCAGGGGCGGAUGGGGACGGGACUGUGGCGAUGGGGAGGGAGCUGAGUUAUGCGGACUUUGCGAUGUGUUCGGUGUUAGUUUGGGUGGAGAGAAUGUCGCCACAUGAUGGGUGGGUGAGGAUGAGGCAGUGGGGAGGUGGAAGGUGGGUGAGGCUCUGGGAUCGGUGCAGGGAGUAUAUGGACGUGCUUUGA